AGCAGUUUGCACUUUAGCAGAUUUAUUUCUCGUUUAUUUCGCCAUCUCUUUCUUUCGUAAAUCAGAGACACGGACAUACGCGUACACAUACAGUAUGUUCAGCAAAGGAUCGCUCGGUAGGAAGGUGCUCUUAGGCACGGCGUUGGCUGGCGUGGCUGGGCUGGGCGGUGGCUACGCGAUGUACCAGCGCCGGUUGAAGGAGAACCGCAGCGUGUCGGCGGAGAGCUUCAACGCCGCCCAGGACGCCGCGAAGCUGAAGGAGGCCUUCAAGAAACUGUGCGACACGCAGGACCACCCCCUCACGAAGCUGUACCGCUACACGACCUGCCCGUGGUGCGGCACUGUCAAGGCGUUCCUCGACUACCACCGCGUCCCCCACGAGUGUGUGGAGGUCGAGCCGAUGUUCAAGGGCGAGCUCAGGGAUAGCCAGUACAAAAAGGUGCCUCAGCUGCGCUUUGACACCAAGGAGGGCCCUGGCCCGUACUUGGUGGACUCGCAGAUCAUCGUUGACACCCUCGCCGACAAGAUGGGCUUCGCUGGCCAGUUGAAAGACGAUGAGAUCGCCAAGUGGCGCUCGUGGGCCCGCAGCUCCCUCGUCCGCUUCGUUACGCUGGAGUUCAACCGCAGUCUCCCCGCGGCGUGGUCCGGCUACUCCUACAUCGACUCUUGCGACACCAUUCCUUACGUGAACAAGCUCUUUUUGAAGGUGAUCGGUGCGCCGGUCAUGUACAUUGUGGCAAUGAAGGUGACAAAGACGCGCCUCGUGAAGGACGGUCUCAUGAAGCCCGACGACGACCCGAAGGUACGUCUGCACGCCGAGGUGAACCGCUUCACCUCGGAGGCCCUCAUGGACAUCAAGUCGCAGAAACCCAAGGCCUUCCACGGUGGCAGCAAACCGGACUUGGUGGAUCUCGACACCUACGGCGUUCUCCAGUCCGUGCGCGGACACCGCGUAUACACGGAGAUGAUCAACGAGACAAAAAUCGGUCCCUGGCUGACGGCGAUGGACACACUCCUGGGAAAGGCGUAG